AAUUAUGGCGCAGAUGUGCACGAGUAGAUUGUGCUCAAUACUUGCUGGAUGACGUUAAAGACGAAAGGAGUCCAAGCUUUGAAAUCCGAGUUCAAGGGUGUGGCUGUGCACUAUCCACGUCCGACUCCCGACUUCCCCCAGCCUCAGGUGUACAAGGAUAACCCUGGACAUGCCUCACAAUACACGAUUAUCAACAAACCUCCAGUUCCGCACUGGCAAACCACUAAAAUCAACUUCACGGCAAACGCGACAAAAACCCGUUCAUCAUGGAUCACUCACAGAAAACGAGCACCAGCACGAGUCCGAGCAUUCAGCAUCUGAGUCUGAAGCGGGAUCUGAGUCAAAUGGCAGCUCGGAGAGCGUUUCUGAUGGGAGAGCGGAUGAUGCCCAGGAGGACGAUGAGGAUGAGGACGACGUAGAUGCGCCGCGGGUAGUACAAUGGGCCGAUGUGCUAGACGAAAACAGCGAAGAACUAUCGGAAGGGGAAACAGAAGACAUUAAUGUUAUCCCAAGAAAACCCUCUCGAGAUCUGCGGUCUCUCGAGGACGAUUUGUCUUCCCUACCCCUAGGAAUGCUCCGCAAAGCUCAGCACGCCCUCUCCCAAUCCCGCGUUCUAACCGAUUCCGAAUCAGAGUCCGAGUCUGACGCGCCAUCAGAAGAAGACGCAUAUCCGACCGACGACGAACGGACUACAGACAAGGACAAAGACAAAGAACAUUUAGAUAAAAACCCAAAACCGCGUAAAGACCUCGCCAAGAGAUCAAGCAAGCAUGCCCCCACCGAAAUAACCUCCAAACGCCCCGUCACCCGUCGACGAACAGUAAUCGAAACAAAAGCACCCGUACCCCGAGAUCCCCGCUUCCUGCACAUAACAGGUUCCUAUGACCCCAAAAAGUUUAAAUCUCAUUAUACAUUCCUCUCCACGCUCCACACCUCCGAACUCAGCACCCUCCGCUCCAAUCUCAGCCUCGCGCGAAAGUUGCUCUUAAACUCCCCAAAAGACCUGCGCGCAGCACGAGAGCGUGAAGUCGGGAGACUGGAGCUUGCGGUGAAGAGGGCGGAGAGUAGUGUUAAUAUGGAUAAGAGGGAGAAGGUGGAGAUGGAGGCACUGGAGAGGGUUGAGAGAGAGGAGAGGCAGAAGAGGAGGAAGGGGAAAGCUGGGUGGUGGAUGAAAUCGGCCGAGAAAAAAGAAUUGCUAAUGAAAGCUCGCUACGACGCCAUCGCAUCAAGUGGAGGAAAGCGCGCAGUAAAGAAAGCGAUAGAAAAGAAGCAGAAAAAACAGAGUCAGAAAGAGAAGAAAUCGCGUCCGUUUCCGGCUCCAGGUCGCACCAACUCGAACACCAACAACGCCAGCAUCAACAUUGAUUCUAACAACAUCAACGUCGGAAGAAAUGGACAGAAGCGCACACGAUCUACUCUAGACGAAGAAAGAACCCAGCCCUCGAAGAAACGUAGGAAACUCUGAAUCUAAAUCCAUCGUACAUUCAAUCAAAAGUACAUGUCAUUGUCAUUGUCAUUGAUUUAUUAGAUCCUCGAAUGAUGGGAUACAAUGGGAUGGAUGGGGGUAUUAUCCACUGCUAAUUGGGUAAGGUAAUGCCACAGCGGUCGUCCUCGUCUCCUCGUUGCUCC